AUGGCGGCGCCGCGACCAUGGUCCAGCCUCCAUGAAGACCUUCUCCGCCGUAUCAUCCUCCUGCUAACGUGCAUCGCCGACCGCGUGAGGGCGUCGGCCGUCAACAAACACUGGCGCCUGGUCGCGCUCCAGAACCCGUCCCCGCUGCCAUGCCUCGUCGGACCGUCCACCACCCUGACGGAGAGCUACCGGAUCUUCGGUCGCUUCCCCGAUCCGCGCCCGUCCCUCUCCGCCGAGGGCCGCGCAGAGCGUUUCUGCGGCUCGGCUCCAGGCGGCUGGUUCGUGGUCGCAUCCCCGCACGGGCGCGGCCACAUCAGGUGCCCCAUGAUGAUCCGCGCAGCCGCCAUCUCUGCCGCCCCGUCUUCUGGUGCCUGCGUGGUCGCUGCCAUAACGUCCACCAGGACAACCAUGGCCUUCUGCCGGCCGGGCAUGGAGUGCUGGACGUCGCUGCCGGCAAAGAUGACGGCCCGGCCGAACGCCCAAGACCUGACUUACCACGACGGAUGGUUCUGGGCCGUCGACUCGGAUGACGACCUCUUCUGCUACAAGGCCGAACUUUCGACAUCUAGGCAAACCAUUCUACAUCUUGCCUACGGGAUCGGUGCUCCCCGGACGGACAUGGCACACGGCGAGAUCGUGUCCCGCUACCUCCUGCCAUCCGCCUCUGGCGCCGAUCUGCUGAUGGUGAGGAGAUUCAUCUCGCCGGCGACAGGCCGCACGUCCCGGUCCCAAGUCUUCAGGCUACAGAAGGCACAGGAGGGCCGGCCGGCUUCCUGGCGCGUCUACAAGAUGACCCGGCAGCUGCUCUUCGUCGGCCGGGCCUGCUUCAAGGCCUUUGACACCGGACACGCCGGCAACCCGGGCUACAUCUACUUCCUCGACGAUGUCUACCCUGGUGGUCCGCACCAGCAGAACCAGUAUCCUUGUGCUGAUGCCGGCGGGUGGGGUUACUCAAUCCCCGGUGAGAUCCAGCGCUGCCUGCCAUCGGCACCACCCUCAGACACCUCGUCGUGCAUUUGGUACCACCAUUAA